AUGGAUACUUUGUCUUCAUACUUUGUGGAAGAAUCUAAUUACAUGAGAAACAGAGAGGAGGAAGAGGAGGAAGAGGAGGAGGAGGAGGAGGAGGAAGAGGAGGAGGAAGAGGAGGAGGAAGGGGUUGAAGGAGAUGAGGAUGAAGACGAUACAGAAAAGGGAAAAGAUGAUUCAGCCAUCCAGAAGCAACAGAGGCCAGCCUGGGCUCCAUGUUUCUUCUACAGAGUGGAUAAGCAGGUGUACCACUAUGUCGGACACAAGAUCGUCAUUGAAGAGGGUCUGGACUCCUAUGCAGGCAUGAUAUGGCCGGCGGCUGUGGCCCUCUGUCAAUACCUGGACACCCAUGGUCAGCAGCUGAAUCUCGUGGACAAGGCAGUCCUGGAGAUCGGGGCAGGAACUGGCCUCGUGUCUACUGUAGCAACGCUCCUUGGCGCCUGGGUGACUGCCACAGACCUUCCAGUGGUCCUGAACAACCUGAGAGUCAACCUGUCCAGGAACACCAGGGGGCGCUGCAGGCACACUCCCCAGGUGGCAGCUCUGUCCUGGGGCCACGACCUGGAGCACACCUACCCUGCAUCUGUGUAUCACUACGACUACGUGCUGGCAGCUGAUGUGGUCUACCAUCACGACUUCCUGGACGAGCUCCUGUUCACCAUGAAGUAUUUCUGCAGGCCGGGAACGACUGUGAUCUGGGCCAACAAGGUCAGGUUUGAGUCUGAUCUGACUUUCACUGAGAACUUUAAAAAGGCUUUCCACACAAGCCUGCUGGCCGAAGAUGGAGAGAUGAAGAUCUUCAUGGCAACGUGUAGAGAAGAAGGUGACGUGGGGAUGGAAAUCCAAGAUCGGCUGAUAGAGACUGAGGAUGGCAAGACAGAGGAGGCUGAGGAAGAGGAGGGCAAAGAAGAGAAGAAAAACGAUAAUGAUGCAACAGAAGAACCUCAUAUGUCAGAGUCCGAAAGAGGAGACAAUUUGACACACGAGUCUGAUGAAAAGAAGGAGACGGAGGAGAUAAAAGUCCUCAGAGAUGAUGACUAUAAAGAGGAUGAAGAGAAUAAGCCAGAGAUCAAUCAUUCAAGCUGUUCAUCCAGCUGUGAAGACAUUACAAGACAAACAGCUGUGCAGCAGGACAGAGUGCCAACCUGGGUUCCCAGCAUUAACAGCAGUUUUUGUAAAGAUGUCUACCAUUACGCAGGGCAGGACAUUGUCAUUUAUGAGUCCAUAGACUCAUUUGGAGCUGUGAUGUGGCCAGCAGCAUUGGCCCUGUGCUCCUUCCUGGACAACAACAGGCACACGGUGAACAUGCAGGGAAAGGAGGUCCUGGAGCUGGGAGCAGGAACAGGACUGGUAACCAUUGUGGCCAGUUUGUUGGGAGCUUCAGUCACAGCUACAGACUUACCAGAGGUGUUGAGUAACCUCAGGGCCAAUGUGAUGAGGAACACCAGGGGGCGCUGCAGGCACACUCCCCAGGUGGCAGCUCUGUCCUGGGGCCACGACCUGGAGCACACCUACCCUGCAUCUGUGUAUCACUACGACUACGUGCUGGCGGCUGAUGUGGUCUACCAUCACGACUUCCUGGACGAGCUCCUGUUCACCAUGAAGUAUUUCUGCAGGCCGGGAACGACUGUGAUCUGGGCCAACAAGGUCAGGUUUGAGUCUGAUCUGACUUUCACUGAGAACUUUAAAAAGGCUUUCCACACAAGCCUGCUGGCCGAAGAUGGAGAGAUGAAGAUCUUCAUGGCAACGUGUAGAUAGUGAGAGACAGGGAAGAUAUGAAUGACUCAACGGCCCUACCAUGCACACGGGACCGCGGGGCCCCUGACUGUCAUUAAUGUUACUCUUUUCAGUUUUUCUUUUGAGUGUGUGUGUUUUUUAAAACAAAAUUAACAGCAGUACAGCGUAUAUUUAAGUGACUGAUUUAAAGUAAAGUAAGUAAAGAGAUUUAAAUCUAUUCAACAGAACAAUAGCUCAGCUUAAGAAAAUAUAAGAUUCAUCACAAAUUUCCGUUGAUUUCCUGUAAUAUUUUGUAUAAACUAUGUAAAAUGUCAGUUUGGAACGACAGCAGCAGGAAGGUGCACUGAGGGCUUUACCCAGCACCUCUCCAGCUCCAGCAUGAAGAAAAUACUGAAUGUCAGGUGCAGCGCGCUUCUUCUCCUCUGGCCGAGUUCACGUACAUCAAGAUGAUGAUGUUUUUGUUUUUUUGUUGUUUUUUUUUUUUUUUACUCCAUGUCAUCAUCAAGUUAAAAAAGUGGUGAAUUAGAUUUAAUGUGUUUUAUUGUGGCAGUGCAACAACUGGAUGACAUCAUCGCUAAUUUUUCAAGAGUAAAUAAAAUAGUUGCAGUGUGCGCAUCAGUUAUGAAUCGUCCUGUUUGUGGUGU